UUGUAUGCUUGAGCUACAAGGAAGAUUGUGCGAGGGCUGGAGAACCGAUGAAGCUAAAAACAAAUGGUCUAGCUUCUAAGUGUUCAAGGCUGCAUUUGUGUUUCUUACUUGUUCCCGGCAAUGGUGAAGUUAAGGGCAAAAUGCAUUCUCGUUGGGGAUGCUGCGGUAGGGAAAAGCGCCUUGUCCCAGAUGUUCCGGAGCGACGGCGCCCAUUUCCAGAAAAUGUAUUCUAUGACCACAGGAGUGGAGUUGCUGACAAAGUGUGUGAACAUCCCGAACACUAGUGACAGUGUGGAGCUGUACAUCUUCGACUCGCCCGGGAAAGAAAUCUUUGCGGAGUUCUGUGAGAAAAUGUGGGGGCAGCCGUCGGUGGUGUGUGUGGCGUUUGACAUCACCAGCACGGCGUCCUUCAGUAGCUGUGGCCGCUGGCUGGAGAGGGUGCGGGCCCUCUCCCAGGGCCUCCAGGUCCCGGGGGUGCUGGUGGGCACCAAAUCAGACCUGUCGUCACGGAGGGAGGUGGAGGCGACCGUGGCCCAGGAGUGGGCUCAGAGCCAAGGGCUGGAGUACUUUGAGACGUCCGCCAAAGAGAUGGAGAACUGCGAUGCCCCGUUUGUCUGUCUGGCCCAGGGCUUUCACGCUCUCCAGAACCAGAUCGAGACCGUCUAGAGUAUCUUUUCCCCCUUAGCACACACUACACACUACGAACACACACUACACACUACGGACACACACUACACACUACGG